AUGCCUCGACCCGGUAAAAAUUCGUACGACGAAAACUCGUCACCGGUAAGUUAUUACUGUACUCUGCCCUUCUCUCAUCUUGCCUUGCCUUGCUCAGUCGUUACCUAGACUAGUCUAGCCCUACCCUAUUCUAUGUUACUCUACUUUACUUUACUUUGUUCUAUCUUACCCUACCAAUACUUUGAUCUUUUAUAUUUAUACCUAUUCAUUACAGAAGCCUCCCUUCUCCUACAUAUGGCUAACCUACAUGGCAAUACAAGACUCAGAAGACAAGAUGCUACCUCUCACCGACAUUUACAAGUAUAUAAUGGAAAAGUUUCCGUUUUAUCGUCAGAAUACGCAAAGAUGGCAGAACUCAUUAAGGCAUAACCUGAGUUUCAAUGAUUGUUUCAUCAAGAUACCAAGAAGGCCCGAUCGACCAGGCAAAGGCUCGUUCUGGGCGAUUCAUCCAGCGGCACAACGAAUGUUUGAAAACGGCAGUUGUUUGCGGCGGCAAAAGAGGUUUAAGGUGAGGAUAAUUGGUGUAAAAUACGUAUAUUUUUAA